UCUUGUUUGCCACCAAAUCAUCACCUCAUCGCCAUCUCUUGCUCUCUUUGUAUAUAUAUUCUCUUUGAAGAACGGGAAAGGAGCUAGGGUCUUCAAGUUUUGUGUAUAUUAACUCGAGCUCUGAACAUGUAUAGCUAGGAUUUUCUUUUUCUUACGGCUUUUGCUUGUUGUCUUAGUUAGGAGAUCAUCAUCAGAUGUCUAGCCGAGGCCAUUGGAGGCUGGCUGAAGAUGAGAAGCUUCGCGAGUUGGUGGAACAGUAUGGUCCGCAUAAUUGGAACUCCAUAGCCGAAAAGCUUCAGGGAAGAUCAGGGAAGAGUUGUAGGUUGAGAUGGUUUAAUCAGUUGGAUCCAAGAAUCAACAGAAGCCCUUUUACAGAAGAGGAAGAAGAAAGGCUUCUUGCUUGUCAUCGGAUUCACGGCAAUAAAUGGGCUGUUAUUGCAAAGCAAUUUCCUGGUCGUACUGAUAAUGCAGUAAAGAACCAUUGGCAUGUAAUCAUGGCAAGAAGAUUUAGAGAAAGAUCGAAGAUUCAUGCAAAAAGAGCAUCUCAAUCGUUAUUAGUCAACGAGCAGAAACCUUCCUUCUCAAAUCAAGAUGUGAGGAUCAUGAAUCGUGAGCCGAGGAACAAUGCUCCAUCAUUUGUCCACAAAUACUUUGAAAGUUAUUGUGAUCAUUAUCAUCAUCCCUUCACCCCAAUUUGCAAAGAUUUACACAACCAAAAUCCUAGCCAUUGUGAAGGUAAAAAUCAACCUCUCGAGUUUUAUGAUUUUCUCCAAGUAAAGACCGAGUCUAGCAAGAGUGAAGUGAUAGACAAUGCAAGAAGAGAUGAUGUCGAGGUGGAUCAGGAAGCCAAGGAAUUGCCUAAGAGCAGGGAUGUUUUUCCAUUCAUUGAUUUUUUAUCUGCUGGAAACCAAGUUAGUGGAUUAUAGGGUCUUGAUGAUGAUAUAUACAAAUGUAUGCAACCUUCAGUUUAGAAUCAUUCCUAGAUGCUGCGCAAAUGCAUUGACAUGUAUAAUUAGGCAGAUAUGUGUUGAAGAAGACGUAUUAUACGGUACGAGGCAUAUAUACUGCAAAUAACAGCGCUGUCUGUGUAGAAAUUGUAGAGGUUUUAGCACUGCAUUAAUCAAUUAUAACAGUUUGGUACAAUUCAUACGUCAUGCUGCUCUC